AAAAAAAUUGUAAACAGAAGAAGUGGACAGUCCAUGUUGUGAGUAGAAGUUUUUAUUAUUGCUAAAUCCGUAAUUUUGUACUUGAAAACCAUGUCGGAAGCGAUAGCCGAGACAACUGACAAGGAGUUAGCUGCUAAUGUGGAAAAUCUAUCAUUAGAGCAACAGAAAGUAGAAAAACAGGAGCCGAAAAAGAUUGAUAUCAUCCUACGUGCAACUGGCAAUGCUCCAAUACUAAAACAAAAGAAAUGGGCCGUCGAUCAGGAGAAACCCAUCAGCGCGAUCAUCAAAUUCAUUGACAAGCAUCUGAUAAAACUCGAACCCGGAGAAAAAUUAUUCUUGUACAUAAAUCAAACAUUCGCUCCCUCACCGGAUCAAAUCAUCAAGAACUUGUACGACUGCUACGGAUCGAAUGGGAAAUUAGUGCUGCACUACGCCAAAAGUCAAGCUUGGGGAUGAAUCACGCUUGUUUACGGUAAGAUUUAAACUCUAUGCUGCUUGUUUGCCGUAAGCUACUUUCAACAUUCUCAUUCUAAGUCAUUUGAUGUUAGACAUUAAUAGUCGCGUCAUAAAUAUACCGGGACAAAAGUUGACAGCUUUCAA